ACCCGCGGCUACGCAGCGGGACUGUCUUCUCCGUUCCAGCCCGGGGCGAGCUCCGUGCGCUCUUGCAACGACUCAAGGUGUUAAGUCUCCAGGGGAGUUCUGAGCCGAGGAGAAGCGAUCCGGACCCAUCUCUGAGCCAGGCGGCGUCAUGGAGCCCCAGGGGGCGCUAAGUUUGGAGAAACAGGGACCUGCGCUCUUUGGAGAGCCCCCGCCAGCUGAGGGGCUGCCUGCUCCGGGGGACGACGGCGGCGGCGCGUCGGACGCCCCGAGCCCCGACGCUGAGCCCUCGUCGGCGGAGUUAGAGGCAGCCCCGCAGGAGCCGGAGGAGGUGUUGGGGUGCCGCCGCCGCCUCCCGCGUUCCUUCUCCCUGCCCGCGGACCCGAUCUUGCAAGCGGCCAAGCUACUGCGCCAGCGCCAGCAGCUUGCCCUGGGGCUCGGCCCGGAGGGCGGCGAGGGGCCCGAGGGCGUGCCGCACGGCCCCGGCAGCUGCUGCGCCAAGUGUAAGAAGCGGGUGCAGUUCGCGGACGCGCUGGGGCUGAGCCUGGCCAGCGUGAAGCACUUCAGCGAGGCGGAGGAGCCGCAGGUGCCGCCCGCCGUGCUCUCCCGCCUCCGCAGCUUCCCCAUGCGCGCCCGAGACCUGGAGCAGCUUCCCGGCCUGCUGGCCGCGGCGGCGGCUGCCGCGCCCCUCACUGCGCCGCCUCCCCGGCUUCGGCCUCUUUUCGAGCUUCCCGGGCCGAGCGCCGCCGCGGAGCGACUGCGGCGGCAGCGCGUGUGCUUGGAGAGCGUGCAGUGCUCGGCGCCCUCGGGCGCGGAGGUGACGGGCUCCGGCCGGGUGCUGGGCUGCCCCGGGCCGAGAGCCGUGGCGGUGCGCUACACCUUCACCGAGUGGCGCUCCUUCCUGGACGUGCCGGCGGAGCUGCAGCCCGAUCCGCCCGCGGAGGCGCCGUCGGGGGGGCCCGGGGACGCCAAGGAGGAGCCGGGCGCCGAGCGCUUCCACUUCUCGCUGUGCCUGCCCCCGGGCCUACAGCCCGAGGAGGGGGAGGACGCGGGCACGCCGGGCGCCGCGGUCCACUUUGCCGUGUGCUACCGCUGCGCCCAGGGAGAGUACUGGGACAAUAACUCGGGGGCCAACUACACGCUGCGCUACGUGCGCCCUUCCGAUGCACUCUGAGCCCAAGGCCGGGCCCCAGGCCGCGCGUCGCCCCAGAGCAACCGGGUGACCCGCGGGGACGUUCUACCGAGCACCAUCCCCCGGGGAAGGAAAGGAGGGAGCGGCUCAAUGGAAAACUCUCACCGGGACAGAUUCGGCGAGAGAGCCUCGUGAGCCCGGGCCAAACACUGAAACGCCUCAUCCGUUUUCGCCUGGCUUAGGCCUUCCUCCGCUGCUUCUGGAAUUCUUGCCCUGCGUCAGAAUGGGAAGAAGUUCUCAAGACUCUGAGCCAUAGCUUCUUACAAGAAAAAGUCUCCUGACCCCUGUGCCCAGCCGUCAGAUCUUGGGAUUUGUUUAAAACUGUAGACAAAGUGUUUUAGCCGUUGCUGCUUGCUGGAGAUGCCUGAGUCCCAGGGAAAGGACAGGCAUCCCUCUGCAUCACGUCAGGAGAAUGCGCUGGACCGUGGGCGUGAACGGGAGCCUUCGCACAGGGGCCUGUUUCUCGGAGAAAACCGGGUGGGGUCUUGGCUAGACUGUCCUUUCUCUUAACUGGGAUCUGGGAGAUGUUUGCACAGACUGGACGUUACUUCCUUGGGCCUACGUGUACAUAUGUCCUUUAAAAAAGUAAAGGCCACUUACUUGCACACUCUUUUAUGCUGUACUUUAUAUUUCACCUCCUGG